GUAACUGAGAACAAGUUGAGUUGAACAUUUGACAUUUUUAAUAGCUUUUUGGCACUUUGGUCUGCUGUGGUGCAGUUGUAAGAUGGUCGCUUCCUGGGUGGAGAUAUUCGUCUCUGACACUUUUGACAAAAAAAGCCACAGUAAGAAGAUGCAUUCAGCCCAGAAAGACACCACUUUCACCAAGAUCUUCGUGGGAGGUCUCCCUUACCACACCACGGAUUCGAGUCUCAGGAAAUACUUUGAGGUGUUUGGGGACAUCGAGGAGGCUGUGGUCAUCACAGAUCGCCAGACUGGGAAGUCCAGGGGUUAUGGAUUUGUGACCAUGGCAGAUCGGGCCUCAGCUGACCGAGCCUGCAAAGACCCCAACCCCAUUAUUGAUGGCAGGAAAGCCAAUGUGAACCUGGCCUACCUGGGAGCCAAGCCCAGGGUCAUACAGCCAGGCUUUGCAUUUGGCGUGCCUCAGAUCCACCCAGCAUUCAUUCAGAGGCCGUAUGGGAUCCCGGCUCACUAUGUCUACCCUCAGGCUUUUGUCCAACCCAGUGUGGUGAUCCCUCACGUACAACCUUCUUCUGCCUCGGCAACAGCUGCUGCAGCCGCCGCCACCUCUCCCUACCUUGACUACACUGGAGCAGCGUACGCUCAGUACUCUGCAGCAGCCACCGCCGCCGCCGCAGCCGCCGCCGCCUAUGAACAGUAUCCAUACGCAGCCUCCCCCGCGCCGACGGGCUACAUGACCACAGCCGGCUAUGGCUACACGGUCCAGCAGCCGCUCGCCACUGCCGCCACCCCUGGUGCUGCCGCCGCUGCUGCCGCCUUCAGCCAGUACCAGCCACAGCAGCUCCAGACAGAUCGCAUGCAGUAAAAUAAAAAAUACCUCAGAGACGCAGGUGACAGAAAGUUACUAUAAGAGGUGGAAGGAUCUAGAAUGAGGGUUGUCAGCACCAGCUUUUAACUUCAAAAGUGAAGAAUGUCACCACAAGUGCAAAUACUGUAUUUUAUUCAAAUUAGAUCAGUGUUUUUUUCCACUGUUAAAUAUUUAAUAUUUAUACAUCACAAAAAAAAUAUUUACAAACUGGACUUCAUUAUAUUUUGUAUAUAUGAUAUGUUCCCAAGUGCAUUCAUGUCUUAUGAGCAGUUGUCUUCCCCGCUAUACCAAAACAUGCAGCAUGUGCAUUUUUUCAGUAUUUCACAGUUUUGGACCCGUAUUUGUAUCCCGUGAAUCUAUGCAGACGACCGCCCUCUAGUAAAAAAAAAAAAAAAAAAAAGUCUUCAUAGCAAAUGAGACAAAUUGUUGAGGCUGAAGCUGGAGCGGAGUGGGGGGGGGGGUAAAGCGCUUACCUUUAUAUAAAUGCACCUCAAAAGCAAGCUCAGCAAAAAAAAUAAGUCAAAUGUGAAUCUUUUCAUUUUGUUUUCCGAAUGUGCCUUUUUAAAUUAUUUACUAUUUAUUAUGGAAGCUUACAAUAAAAACCCUCACUUUUUGUGUUUGUGUGUUUAGUUAGAUCCACUGCAACAUUCAUACUGUGGAUCUUAAAACAAAGCGCUACAAUUUGUAUAAAGAAUGAGUGGAAAACUAGCAAUAACGUGUGUAGAUUUAUUAUAUUUUUCUUGUAGACUCAAAUGUACUUUUUUUAUACUUUACCAGUUUGAUAAAGCAAUGUAUGUUUUUUUUUCCAACCCUCUGAUGACGUGUGACAUUGUGAAAUGCAAGGUGUUCAUUAUGCUUUGCAUUUUCUAAUGCAUGACUCAAAAUACAAGUAGGAUGUGAAAUAAAAGGAAAUUCCAAACCAAAUCUUUUAGUUAUGUGUAUUGUACUGGACACACUUUGAAAUCAUCUCAAUGUUUUGAAUCAAAAAUACAUUAACAAAUGUUUACAUGUGCAUUGACGAAUUACCGCGAUAACAUGGUAUUAAUAAUCAUUUCAUUACUUUCAUUUUUUUUCAUUCAAACACUUGUUUCAAAACAACUAAUUACACCAAGCUCAUAGUUUUGGGUUUGGUUUUCACUUGAAAUAUUACGGCAUAUAGUUAUAUCACACUUCAUGU